AUGCAAAAGCUGCAGGCACUCUACAACACUGACCAUACAGGUCUUUGUGCCAUCGGUCAGCGGCUGGGUCUCAAGAUUCAUGCACCCCAGUCUAAGGUGACAGUGUUGCUUGUGGGCAACCAUUCUGCUGGCAAGAGUAGCUUUAUCAACUGGUACAUCCAGGAGAACCUGCAAAAAACAGGCGUGGCCAUGGAGACGAAUACCGUCACCCUGGUGACACACGGGCAAAAGCGUGAAACUCUUGGCGGCGAAGCAACGAUUCAAGCAUUCCCCUACUUUAAGGACCUUGCUGAGCGGGCUGGGCUUGUCGGCAGUCUGACCACCCAGAUUUCAACCUCUCGCGAGCGGGCCUUUCCACUGGUCACCUUCAUUGAUACGCCAGGUCUUGUCGAUGGUGAUCUCAAGUACACGUUUGACAUUGAGACGGCGAUCACACUGCUAGGGGCCAAGGCUGAGCUGACCUGCGUUUUUUUCGAUCCGCUGGGUCAAGCUUUGUGCAAGCGCACGCUGGACAUUGUUGAGCGCUUGCAAAUAGCUGCCUCUGGUCAGCAAGGCAAAGUGCGAUACUAUCUGUCCAAGGCAGAUACAGCAGGCACUGACAAGGAUCGGUUCAAGGUGAUUACGCAGACAACACAAAACCUUUGCCGUCGGCCCGCGCUGAAUAGCGUGGCUUUUGAAAUGCCAGUGAUUUACAUUCCAGAUGAAGAGGAUCCUCUGGCCAACCGCGUGCCCAACCAGAUUUACGAGCUCUGCGGAGCCAUCGACGAGACAGUGCAGCAUGUGGUACAGAACUCUCUCAACGGAUUCAAGCAUGAUUGUCAACACCUGUUGGAGAAGAUUGAUGAAAAGUUGGAGUGGAGCUUGCGUCGCAAGAGCCGGUGGUUCCGGGAUCUUGUCACCGGUUUUCUUUGCUUGUCCGCUGCCUUGGGCAUGUUGUUCAUGAGCCUUUAUAGCAUUCUGUACCCUCCAGAGGAUGGUUAUCAGGGCGCGAUGCUUUCUCCGGGCCAGCGCGUUUAUGCCGCAGUGUAUUACGCGACAGUCAAUGUCUUUGCUAUAUCUGGCUCCUCCUUUGGAACAUAUGGCGGGAUCUACCUUUUUGCACUCGUUGUCGUGGCGCUGGCCAUCGUUGGCAUUGGCAAGCUGUCUCGACUUGGGCCCACGCUGACCAAAGCGGAGGUCAAGGCUCUGCACCACGACAAGGAGGUUGUGCAACGCACGCUGGAGAACAACUUUGAACGGCUCUAUCGCCUCUACCUUGGUGAAUCUGUGGGGGAUGGUGCUCAGGCCACCGCCAAACCAAGCUCGUUCUAA